AUGGCGACAAGCACAACAAAUAAGAGCUUGGAAACAGCUACACCAGAUGCAGGCACAACAACUGAGGUCUUGGAAACAAUAACAAUUAAGAACCUAGAGACAACUACACCAGAUGAGGGCACAACCAAUACACACUUGGAAACAACUACAGUAAAUGCACUCACAGCAAUGGAGAGUUCUGAAACAACUACACAUCAUGAGGGCACAACAACUAAGAGCAUAGUAACAACUGCAACAUUUGCAGGUACAACAACAAAUAACUUGGAUACAACUAUUCCAGAUGCAGGCACAACAACCGAAAACUUCAAAACAACUACAGCAAAUGAGGGCACAUCAACAGAAAGCUGGAAAACCACUACUUUAUAUGCAGGCACAACAAAUAGGGCCUUGGAAAACACUAUUCCAGAUGCAACAACUAAAAACUUAGAAACGUCCACGCAAAAUGUAGGCACAACCACAGAGAGCUUGGAAACAACCACACAAAAGAAAAUCACAACCACAGUGAGCUUGAAAACAAUUACCCCCAAAGUAGAUGCAACAACAGAUCAUCCUAAAACUAUUGCCACAGCUGCAGGGUCAACAACUGAGGUUUCGGAAACAACUACUCAGCUCAAAAGUACCACAAGUGAAAGCUUGGAAUCAACUACUUCAGAUGAGUUGACAACAAAUGAAGGCUUAGAGACAACUACACCAGAUGAAGGCACAACCACUCAGCCCUGGGAAUUCACUACACUAGAUGUAGGGACAACAACAGAAGGCAAGAAACCAAGCACACCAGAUGCAGGUACAACAACGGAAGGCUUGGAAGCAACUACAAUUGAAAGCUUAGAGACAACUACACCAGAUGAAGGCACAACCACUCCGCACUGGGAAACAACUACGCUACAUGCACUCAAAACAACAGAGAGCUCUGAAACAACUACACAUCAUGAGGGCACAACAACUAAGAGCAUAGUAACAACUACAACAUUUACAGGUACAACAACAAAUAACUUGGAUACAACUAUUCCAGAUGCAGACACAACAACCAAAAACUUGAAAACAACUACAGCAAAUGAGGGCAGAUCAACAGAAAUACUUCAAACUACUUCAAAUAAAGGCACAACAACUGAAGGCUUAGAAACAACUUCACUUGAUGCAGGAACAACAAUUGAGAGCUUAGAGACAACUACACCAGAUGAAAGCACAACCACUCAGCACUGGGAUCACACUUCACUAGAUGUAGGAACAACAACAGAAGGUUUAGAACCAAGCACUCCACAUGCAGACAGAACUACUAAUGGUUUGGAAACAACUACACCAGAUGCAGGCACAACCUCUCAGCACUGGGAAACAACUACACUAAAUGCACUCAAAACAAUGGGGAGCUCUGAAACAACUACACCAUUUGCAGGUACAAUAACAAAUACAUUGGAUACAACUACUCCAGAUGUAGGCACAACAACCGAUAACUUAAAAACAACUGCAGCUGCAGGUUCAACAAGUGUGGUUUUGAAAACAACAACUCAGGUUAAAAGCACCACAAGUGAAAUCUUGGAGUCAACUACUUUAGAUAAAGAAGGCUUAGAAACAACUUUACCAGAUGCAGGCACAACAACUCAGCCUUGGCAAUUCACUACUCUAGAUGUAGAAACAACCACUGAAGGCCAAGAAACAAACACACCUUUUGCAGGCACAACAACAGAAGGAUUGGAAACAACCACACAAAAGGAAAGCACAACCACAGAGAGCUUGGAAACAAUUACCCCCAAAGUAAAUAUAACAACAGAUCAUCCUGAAACUAUUGCCACAGCUGCAGAAAAAACAACUGGGGUUUCGGAAACAACUACUCAGCUCAAAGGCACCACAAAUAAAAGCUUGGAAUCAACUACCUCAUAUGAGGGCACAACAACUGAAGGCUUAGAAACAACUUCACGUGAUGCAGGAACAACAACUAAGAACUUAGAGACAACUACACCAAAUGAAGGCACAACCACUCAGCAGUGGGAAACAACUACACUACAUGCACUCAAAACAACAGAGAGUUCUGCAACAACUACAUCUUAUAAGGGCACAACAACUAAGACCAUAGUAACCACUACAACAUUUGCAGGUACAACAACAAAUAACUUGAAUACAACUACUCCAGAUGCAGACACAACAACCAAAAACUUGAAAACAACUACAGCAAAUGAGGGCACAUCUGCAGGGUCAAUAACAGAAGGAUUGGAAAGAUCUACAAUUUGGAGCUUAGAGAGAACUACACCAGAUAAAGGCACAACCACUCAGCACUGGGAAUUCACUACACUAGAUGUAGGGACAACAAUAGAAGGCAUAGAACCAAGCACACCAGAUGGAGGCACAACAAAAGAAGGCUUGGAAACAACUACAACUAAGAGCUUAGAGACAACUACACCAAAUGAAAGCACAACCACUCAGCCCUGGGAAUUCACUACACUAGAUGUAGGGACAACAACAGAAGGCUUAGAACCAAGCACACCAGAUGCAGGCACAACAACCGAGGGCUUGAAAACAACUACAAUUACGAACGUAGAGACAACUACACCAGAUGAAGGCACAACCACUCAGCACUGGAAAACAACUACACUAAAUGCACUCAAAACAACGGAGAGUGCUGAAACAACUACACAUCAUGAGGGCACAACAACUAAGAGCAUAGUAACAACUACAACAUUUGCAGGUACAAUAACAAAUAACUUGGAUACAACUAUUCCAGAUGCAGACACAACAACCGAAAACUUGAAAACAACAGAACUACUACUUCAAACUACUUCAAAUAAAGGCACAACAAUUGAAGGCUUAGAAACAACUUCACUUGAUGCAGGCACAACAACUGAGAGCUUAGAGACAACUACACCAGAUGAAGUCACAACCACUCAGCCCUGGAAAUUCACUACAUUAGAUGUAGGGACAACAGUAGAAGACAUAGAACCAAGCACACUAGAUGCAAGCACAACGACAGUGGGCUUGGACACAACUACAAUUAAAAACUUAGAGACAACUACACCAGAUGAAGGCACAACCACUCAGCCCUGGAAAUUCACUACAUUAGAUGUAGGGACAACAACAGAAGGCUUAGAACCAAGCACACAAAAUGCAGGCACAACAACAGAGGCGUUGGAAGCAACUACAAUUAAAAACUUAGAAACAACUACACCAGAUGAAGUCACAACCACUCAGCCCUGGGAAUUCAUUACACUAUAUGUAAGGACAACAACAGAAGGCUUAAAACCAAGUACACCAGAUGCAGGCACAACAACUGAGGUCUUGGAAACAACUACACUUAAGAACCUAGAGACAACUACACCAGAUCAAGGCACAACCACUCAGCACUGGGAAACAACUACACUAAAUGCACUUAAAACAACUGAGAGUUCUGAAACAACUACACCUUAUGAGGGCACAACAACUAAGAGCAUAGUAACAACUACACCAUUUGAUGGUACAACAACAAAUAACUUGGAUACAGCUAUUACAGAUGCAGACACAACAACCGAAAACUUGAAAACAACUACAGCAACUGAGGGCACAUCAACAGAGAGCUUUAAAACAACUACUUUAUAUGUAGGCACAACAAAUGGGGCCUUGGAAAGUACUACUCUAGAUGCAACAACUAAAAACUUAGAAACGUCAACACAAAGUGUAGGAACAACAACAGAGAGCUUGAAAACAACCACACAAAUGGAAAGCACAACCAAAGAGAGCUUGGAAACAAUUACUCCCAAAGUAGAUACAACAACAGAUCAUCCUGAAACUAGGGUUUCUGCAGGGUCAACAACUGUGAUUUCUGACACAACUACUCAGCUCAAAGGCACAACAAGCGAAAGCUUACAAUCAACUACUUCAAAUGAAGGCACAACAACUGAAGGCUUAGAAACAACUUCACCUGAUGCAGGCACAACAACUGAGAGCUUAGAGACAACUACACUAGAUGAAGGCACAACAACUGAGAGCUUAGACACAACUACACUAAAUGUAGGGACAACAACAGAAGGUUUAGAACCAAGCACUCCAGAUGCAGACAGAACUACUAAUGGUUUGGAAAUAACUUCACCAGAUGCAGGCACAACGUCUCAGCACUGGGAAAGAACUACACUAAAUGCAUUCAAAACAACAGGGAGGUCUGAAAAAACUACACCUUAUAAGAUCACAACAACUGAGAGCAUAGAAACAACUACACCAUUUGCAGGUACAAUAACAAAUAUCUUGUACACAACUACUCCAGAUGUAGGCACAACAACCGAUAACUUAAAAACAACUUCAGCUGCAGGUUCAACAAGUGUGGUUUUAAAAACAACAACUCAAGAUAAAGGCACCACAAGUGAUGAAAUCUUGGAGUCAACUACUUUAGAUAAAGAAGGCUUAGAAACAACUUUACCAGAUGCAGGCACAACAACUCAGCCUUGGCAAUUUACUACUCUAAAUUUAGAAACAAAAACUGAAGGCUUAGAAACAACUUCACUUGAUGCAGGAACUACAACAAACAGCUCAAAGACAACUACACCAGAUGAAGGCACAACCACUCAGCCCUGGGAAUUCACUACACAAGAUGUAGGGACAACAACAGCAGGUUUAGAAUCAAGCACACCAGAUGCUGUCACAAUGCCAGAGGGCUUGGAAACAACUCCAACUGAGAGCUUAGAGACAACUACACCAGAUUCAGGCACAACAACAAAAGGCUUGGAAACAACUACAACUGAGAGCUUAGAGACAACUACACCAGAUGAAGGCACAACCACUCAGCCCUGGAAAUUAACUACAUUAGAUGCAGGCACAACAACAGAAGCCAUGGAAGCAACUACAAUUAAAAACUUAGAGACAACUAUACCAGAUGAAGGCAAAACCACUCAGUCCUGGAAAUUCACUACACUAGAUGUAGGGACAACAACAGAAGGCAUAGAACCAAGCACAACAGAUGCAGGCACAACAACUGAGGUCUUGGAAACAACUACACCUAAGAACCUAGAGACAACUACACCAGAUCAAGGCACAACCACUCAGCACUGGGAAACAACUACACUAAAUGCACUUAAAACAACUAAGAGUUCUGAAACAACUACAUCUUAUGAGGGCACAACAACUAAGAGCAUAGAAACAACUACACCAUUUGCAGGUACAAUAACAAAUAUCUUGAAUACAACUAUUCCAGAUACAGACACAUCAACCGAAAGCUUAAAAAUAACUACAGCAACUGAGAAAACAUCAACAGAGAGCUUUAAAACAACUACUUUAUAUGCAGGCACAACAAAUGGGGCCUUGGAAAGUACUACUCCAGAUACAACAACUAAAAAUUUAGAAACAUCCACACAAAAUGGAGGCACAACCACAGAGAGCUUGGAAACAGCCACACAAAGGGAAAGCACAACCACAGAGAGCUUGGAAACAAUUACCCCCAAAAUAGAUACAACAACAGAUCAUCCCGAAACUAUUGCCACAGCUGCAGGGUCAACAACUGGGGUUUCUGACACAACUACUCAGCUCAAAGGCACCGCAAGUGAAAGCUUGGAAUUAACUACUUCAGAUGAGGGCACAACAACUGAAGGCUUAGAAACAACUUCACCUGAUGCAGGCACAACAACUGAGAGCUUAGAGACAACUACACCAGAUGAAGGCACAACCACUCAGCCUUGGGAAUUUACUACACUAGAUGUAAAGACAACAACAGAAGGCAAGAAACCAAGCACACCAGAUGCAGGCACAACAACAGAGGGAUUGGAAACAACUACAAUUAAGAACUUAGAGACAACUACACCAGAUGAAGGCACAACCACUCAGCACUGGGAAACAACUACACUAAAUGCACUCAAAACAAUGGAGAGUUCUGAAACAACUACACCUCAUGAAGGCACAACAACUAAGAGCAUAGUAACAACUACAACAUUUGCAGGUACAACAACAAAUAACUUGAAUACAACUAUUCCAGAUGCAGACACAACAACCGAAAACUUGAAAACAACCACAGCAAAUGAAGGCACAUCAACAGAAAGCUUGAAAACAACUACAUUUUAUGCAGGCACAACAAAUGGGGCCUUGGAAAGCACUACUCCAGAUGCAACAACUAAAAACUUAGAAACAUCCACACAAAAUGUAGGCACAACAACAGAAGGAUUGGAAACAACCACACAAAGGGGAAGCACAACCACAGAGAGCUUGGAAACAAUUACCUCUAAAGUAGAUACAACAACAGAUCAUGCUGAAACUAUUGCCACAGCUGCAGGGUCAACAACUGGGGUUUCGGACACAACUACUCAGCUCAAAGAAACCACAAGUCAUAACUUAGAAUCUGCUACUUCAGAUAAAAGCACAACAACUGAAGGCUUGGAAACAACUUCACCUGAUGCAGGCACAACAACUGAGAGCUUAGAGAAAACUACACCAGAUGAAGGCACAGCAACUGAGAGCUUAGACACAACUACACUAGAUGUAGGGACAACAACAGAAGGUUUAGAACCAAGCACUCCACAUGCAGACAGAACUACUAAUGGUUUGAAAACAACUACACCAGAUGCAGGCACAACCUCUCAGCACUGGGAAACAACUACACUAAAUGCACUCAAAACAACGUACGGUUCUGAAACAACUACACCUUAUGAGGGCACAACAACUAAGAGCAUAGAAACAACUACACCAUUUGCAGGUACAAUAACAAAUAUCUUGGAUACAACUACUCCAGAUGUAGGCACAACAACCGAUAACUUAAAAACAACUGCAGCUGCAGGUUCAACAAGUAUGGUUUUGAAAACAACAACUCAGGUUAAAGGCACCACAAGUGAAAUCUUGGAGUCAACUACUUUAGAUAAAGAAGGCUUAGAAACAACUUUACCAGAUGCAGGCACAACAACUCAGCCUUGGCAAUUCACUACUCUAGAUGUAGAAACAACCACUGAAGGCCAAGAAACAAACACACCUGUUGCAGGCACAACAACAGAAGGAUUGGAAACAACCACACAAAAGGAAAGCACAACCACAGAGAGCUUGGAAACAAUUAGCCCCAACGCAGAUACAACAACAGAUCAUCCUGAAACCGUUGCCACAGCUGCAGGGUCAACAACUGGGGUUUCGGAAACAACUACUCAGCUCAAAAGCACCACAAGUGAAAGCUUGGAAUUAACUACCUCAGAUGAGGGCACAACAACUGAAGGUUUAGAAAAAACUUCACCUGAUGCAGGCACAUCAACUAACAGCUUAGAGACAACUACACCAGAUGAAGGCACAACAACCAAGGGCUUGGAAACAACUACAAUUAAGAAAUUAGAGACAACUACACCAAAUGAUGGCACAACCACUCAGCACUGGGAAACAACUACACUAAAUGCACUCAAAACAAUGGAGACCUCUGAAACAACUACACCGUAUGAGGGCACAACAACUAAGAGCAUAGUAACAACUACAACAUUUGCAGGUACAACAACAAAUAACUUGGAUACAACUACUCCAGAUGUAGGCACAACAACCGAAAACUUGAAAACAACUACAGCAACUGAGGGCACAUCAACAGAAAGCUUGAAAACAACUACUUUAUAUGCAGGCACAACAAAUGGGGCCUUGGAAAGUACUACUCCAUAUGCAACAACUAAAAACUUAGAAACAUCCACACAAAAUGUAGGCACAACCACAGAGACCUUGGAAACAACCACACAAAGGGAAAGCAUAACCACCGAGAGCUUGGAAACAAUUACCCCCAACGUAGAUAUAGCAACAGAUCAUCCUGAAACCAUUGCCACAGCUGCAGGAAAAACAACUGGGGUUUCAGAAACAACUACUCAGCUCAAAGGAACCACAAGUGAAAGCUUGGAAUCAACUACUUCAGAUAAAAGCACAACAACUGAAGGCUUGGAAACAAAUUCACAUGAUGCAGGCACAACAACUGAGAGCUUAGAGACAACUACACCAGAUAAAGGCACGACAACUGAGAGCUUAGAGACAACUACACCAGAUGAAGGCACAACCACUCAGCCCUGGGGUUUCACUACACUAGAUGUAGGGACAACAACAGAAGGCGUAGAACCAAGCCCACCAGAUGAAGGCACAACACCCGAGGGCUUAGAAACAACUACAAUUAAGGACAUAGAGACAACUACACCAGAUGAAGGCACAACCACUCAGCCCUGGAAAAACACUACAUUAGAUGUAGGGACAACAACAGAAGGCUUGGAAACAACAGAAAGUUCUGAAACAACUACACCUUAUGAGGGCAUAACAACUAAGAGCAUAGUAACAACUACAACAUUUGCAGGUACAACAACAAAUAACUUGGAUACAACUAUACCAGAUGCAAGCACAACCAAAAACUUGAAACCAACUACAGCAAAUGAGGGCACAUCAACAGUAAGCCUAAAAACAACUACUUUAUAUGCAGGCACAACAAAUGGGGCCUUGGAAAGUACUACUCCAGAUGCAACAACUAAAACAACAGAGGGAUUGGAAACAACUACAACUAAUAACUUAGAAACAUCUACACAAAAUGUAGGCACAACAAUAGAAAGCCUGGAAACAUCCACACAAACAGAAAGCACAACCACAGAGACAAUUACCCCCAAAGUAAAUAUAACAACAGAUCAUGCUGAAACUAUUGCCACAGCUCCAGGGUCAACAACUGAGGUUUCAGAAACAACUACUCAGCUCAAAGGCACCACAAGCGAAAGCUUGGUAUCAACUACUUUAGAUGAAGGAACAACAACUGAAGGUUUAAAAAUAACUUUACCUGAUGCAGGCACAACAACUGAGAGCUUAGACACAACUACACUAGAUGUAGGGACAACAACAGAGGGCUCAGAACCAAGCACUCCACAUGCAGACAGAACUACUAAUGGUUUGGAAACAACUACACCAGAUGAAGGCACAACCUCUCAGCACUGGGAAACAACUACACUAAAUGCACUCAAAACAACGGAGAGUUCUGAAACAACUACACCUCAUGAGGGCACAACAACUAAGAGCAUAGUAACAACUACAACAUUUGUAGGUACAACAACAAAUAACUUGAAUACAACUAUUCCAGAUGCAGACACAACAACCGAAAGCUUGAAAAUAACAACAGCAACUGAGGGCACAUCAACAGAGAGCUUUAAAACAACCACUUUAUAUGCAGGCACAACAAAUGGGGCCUUGGAAAGUACUACUCCAGAUGCAACAACUAAAACAACAGAGGGAUUGGAAACAACUACAACUAAAAACUUAGAAACAUCUACACAAAAUGUAGGCACAACAACAGAAAGCCUGGAAACAUCCACACAAAUAAAAAGCACAACCACAGAGACAUUGGAAACAAUUACCCCCAAAGUAAAUAUAACAACAGAUCAUGCUGAAACUAUUGCCACAGCUCCAGGGUCAACAACUGAGGUUUCAGAAACAACUACUCAGCUCAAAGGCACCACAAGUGAAAGCUUGGUAUCAACUACUUUAGAUGAAGGAACAACAACUGAAGGUUUAGAAACAACUUUACCUGAUGCAGGCACAACAACUGAGAACUUAGACACAACCACACUAGAUGUAGGGACAACAACAGAGGGCUCAGAACCAAGCACUCCACAUGCAGACAGAACUACUAAUGGUUUGGAAACAACUACACCAGAUGCAGGCACAACCUCUCAGUACUGGGAAAAAACUACACUAAAUGCAUUCAAAACAACAGAGAGUUCUGAAACAACUACACCUCAUGAGGGCACAACAACUAAGAGCAUAGUAACAACUACAACAUUUGUAGGUACAACAACAAAUAACUUGAAUACAACUAUUCCAGAUGCAGACACAACAACCGAAAGCUUGAAAAUAACUACAGCAACUGAGGGCACAUCAACAGAGAGCUUUAAAACAACCACUUUAUAUGCAGGCACAACAAAUGGGGCCUUGGAAAGUACUACUCCAGAUGCAACAACUAAAACAACAGAGGGAUUGGAAACAACUACAACUAAAAACUUAGAAACAUCUACACAAAAUGUAGGCACAACAACAGAAAGCCUGGAAACAUCCACACAAAUAAAAAGCACAACCACAGAGACAUUGGAAACAAUUACCCCCAAAGUAAAUAUAACAACAGAUCAUGCUGAAACUAUUGCCACAGCUCCAGGGUCAACAACUGAGGUUUCAGAAACAACUACUCAGCUCAAAGGCACCACAAGUGAAAGCUUGGUAUCAACUACUUUAGAUGAAGGAACAACAACUGAAGGUUUAGAAACAACUUUACCUGAUGCAGGCACAACAACUGAGAGCUUAGACACAACUACACUAGAUGUAGGGACAACAACAGAGGGCUCAGAACCAAGCACUCCACAUGCAGACAGAACUACUAAUGGUUUGGAAACAACUACACCAGAUGAAGGCACAACCUCUCAGCACUGGGAAACAACUACACUAAAUGCACUCAAAACAACGGAGAGUUCUGAAACAACUACACCUCAUGAGGGCACAACAACUAAGAGCAUAGUAACAACUACAACAUUUGUAGGUACAACAACAAAUAACUUGAAUACAACUAUUCCAGAUGCAGACACAACAACCGAAAGCUUGAAAAUAACUACAGCAACUGAGGGCACAUCAACAGAGAGCUUUAAAACAACCACUUUAUAUGCAGGCACAACAAAUGGGGCCUUGGAAAGUACUACUCCAGAUGCAACAACUAAAACAACAGAGGGAUUGGAAACAACUACAACUAAAAACUUAGAAACAUCUACACAAAAUGUAGGCACAACAACAGAAAGCCUGGAAACAUCCACACAAAUAAAAAGCACAACCACAGAGACAUUGGAAACAAUUACCCCCAAAGUAAAUAUAACAACAGAUCAUGCUGAAACUAUUGCCACAGCUCCAGGGUCAACAACUGAGGUUUCAGAAACAACUACUCAGCUCAAAGGCACCACAAGUGAAAGCUUGGUAUCAACUACUUUAGAUGAAGGAACAACAACUGAAGGUUUAGAAACAACUUUACCUGAUGCAGGCACAACAACUGAGAACUUAGACACAACCACACUAGAUGUAGGGACAACAACAGAGGGCUCAGAACCAAGCACUCCAGAUGCAGACAGAACUACUAAUGGUUUGGAAACAACUACACCAGAUGCAGGCACAACCUCUCAGUACUGGGAAAAAACUACACUAAAUGCAUUCAAAACAACAGAGAGUUCUGAAACAACUACACCUCAUGAGGGCACAACAACUAAGAGCAUAGUAACAACUACAACAUUUGCAGGUACAACAACAAUUAACUUGGAUACAACUAUUCCAGAUGCAGACACAACAACCGAAAACUUGAAAAUAACUACAGCAAAUGAGGGCACAUCAACAGAAAGCUUGAAAACAACUACAUUUUAUGCAGGCACAACAAAUGGGGCCUUGGAAAGCACUACUCCAGAUGCAACAACUAAAAACUUAGAAACAUCCACACAAAAUGUAGGCACAACAACAGAAGGAUUGGAAACAACCACACAAAGGGGAAGCACAACCACAGUCAACUUGGAAACAAUUACCUCUAAAGUAGAUACAACAACAGAUCAUGCUGAAACUAUUGCCACAGCUGCAGGGUCAACAACUGGGGUUUCGGACACAACUACUCAGCUCAAAGAAACCACAAGUCAUAACUUAGAAUCUGCUACUUCAGAUAAAAGCACAACAACUGAAGGCUUGGAAACAACUUCACCUGAUGCAGGCACAACAACUGAGAGCUUAGAGAAAACUACACCAGAUGCAGGCACAACCUCUCAGCACUGGGAAACAACUACACUAAAUGCAUUCAAAACAACGGACAGUUAUGAAACAACUACACCUUAUGAGGGCACAACAACUAAGAGCAUAGAAACAACAACACCAUUUGCAGGUACAAUAACAAAUAUCUUGGAUACAACUACUCCAGAUGUAGGCACAACAACCGAUAACUUAAAAACAACUUCAGCUGUAGGUUCAACAAGUGUGGUUUUGAAAACAACAACUCAGGUUAAAGGCACCACAAGUGAAAUCUUGGAGUCAACUACUUUAGAUAAAGAAGGCUUAGAAACAACUUUACCAGAUGCAGGCACAACCACUCAGCCUUGGCAAUUUACUACUCUAGAUUUAGACACAAAAACUGAAGGCUUAGAAACAACUUCACUUGAUGCAGGAACUACAACAAAGAGCUCAAAGACAACUACACCAGAUGAAGGCACAACCACUCAGCCCUGGGAAUUCACUACACAAGAUGUAGGGACAACAACAGAAGGUUUAGAAUCAAGCACACCAGAUGCUGUCACAAUGCCAGAGGGCUUGGAAACAACUCCAACUGAGAGCUUAGAGACAACUACACCAGAUUCAGGCACAACAACAAAAGGCUUGGAAACAACUACAACUGAGAGCUUAGAGACAACUACAGCAGAUGAAGGCACAACCACUCAGCCCUGGGAAUUAACUACAUUAGAUGCAGGCACAACAACAGAAGCCAUGGAAGCAACUACAAUUAAAAACUUAGAGACAACUAUACCAGAUGAAGGGAAAACCACUCAGCCCUGGAAAUUCACUACACUAGAUGUAGGAACAACAACAGAAGGCAUAGAACCAAGCACACCAGAUGCAGGCACAACAACUGAGGUCUUGGAAACAACUACACCUAAGAACCUAGAGACAACUACACCAGAUCCAGGCACAACCACUCAGCACUGGGAAACAACUACACUAAAUGCACUUAAAACAACUAAGAGUUCUGAAACAACUACAACAAAUAACUUGGAUACAACUAUUCCAGAUACAGACACAACAACCGAAAACUUGAAAACAACUACAGCAAAUGAGGGCACAUCAACAGAAAGCUUAAAAACAACUACUUUAUAUGCAGGCACAACAAAUGGGGCCUUGGAAAGUACUACUCCAUAUGCAACAACUAAAAACUUAGAAACAUCCACAAAAAAUUUAGGCACAACCACAGAGACCUUGGAAACAACCACACAAAGGGAAAGCAUAACCACCGAGAGCUUGGAAACAAUUACCCCCAACGUAGAUAUAACAACAGAUCAUCCUGAAACCAUUGCCACAGCUGCAGGGUCAACAACUGGGGUUUCGGACACAACUACUCAGCUCAAAGGCACCACAAGCGAAAGCUUAGAAUCAACUACUUUAGAUGAAGGCACAACAACUGAAGGCUUAGAAACAACUUCACCUGAUGCAGGCACAACAUCUGAGAGCUUGGAUACAACUACACUAGAUGUAGGGACAACAACAGAAGGUUUAGAACCAAGCACUCCACAUGCAGACAGAACUACUAAUGGUUUGGAAACAACUACACCAGAUGCAGGCACAACCUCUCAGCACUGGGAAACAACUACACUAAAUGCACUCAAAACAACGGACAGUUCUGAAACAACUACAUCUUAUGAGGGCACAACAACUAAGAGCAUAGAAACAACUACACCAUUUGCAGGUACAAUAACAAAUAUCUUGGAUACAACUACUCCUGAUUUAGGCACAACAACCGAAAGCUUGAAAAUAACUACAGCAACUGAGGGCACAUCAACAGAGAGCUUUAAAACAACUACUUUAUAUGCAGGCACAACAAAUGGGGCCUUGGAAAGUACUACUCCAGAUACAACAACUAAAAAUUUAGAAACAUCCACACAAAAUGGAGGCACAACCACAGAGAGCUUGGAAACAAUUACCCACAAAAUAGAUACAACAACAGAUCAUCCCGAAACUAUUGCCACAGCUGCAGGGUUAACAACUGGGGUUUCUGACACAACUACUCAGCUCAAAGGCACCACAAGUGAAAGCUUGGAAUUAACUACUUCAGAUGAGGGCACAACAACUGAAGGCUUAGAAACAACUUCCCCUGAUGCAGGCACAACAACUGAGAGCUUAGAGACAACUACACCAGAUGAAGGCACAACCACUCAGCCUUGGGAAUUUACUACACUAGAUGUAAAGACAACAACAGAAGGCAAGAAACCAAGCACACCAGAUACAGGCACAACAACAGAGGGAUUGGAAACAACUACAAUUAAGAAGUUAGAGACAACUACACCAGAUGAAGGCACAACCACUCAGCACUGGGAAACAACUACACAAAAUGCACUCAAAACAAUGGAGAGUUCUGAAACAACUACACCUCAUGAAGGCACAACAACUAAGAGCAUAGUAAUUACUACAACAUUUGCAGGUACAACAACAAAUAACUUGAAUACAACUAUUCCAGAUGCAGACACAACAACCGAAAACUUGAAAACAACCACAGCAAAUGAAGGAACAUCAACAGAAAGCUUGAAAACAACUACUUUUUAUGCAGGCACAACAAAUGGGGCCUUGGAAAGCACUACUCCAGAUGCAACAACUAAAAACUUAGAAACAUCCACACAAAAUGUAGGCACAACAACAGAAGGAUUGGAAACAACCACACAAAGGGGAAGCACAACCACAGAGAGCUUGGAAACAAUUACCUCUAAAGUAGAUACAACAACAGAUCAUGCUGAAACUAUUGCCACAGCUGCAGGGUCAACAACUGGGGUUUCGGACACAACUACUCAGCUCAAAGAAACCACAAGUCAUAACUUAGAAUCUGCUACUUCAGAUAAAAGCACAACAACUGAAGGCUUGGAAACAACUUCACCUGAUGCAGGCACAACAACUGAGAGCUUAGAGAAAACUACACCAGAUGAAGGCACAGCAACUGAGAGCUUAGACACAACUACACUAGAUGUAGGGACAACAACAGAAGGUUUAGAACCAAGCACUCCACAUGCAGACAGAACUACUAAUGGUUUGGAAACAACUACACCAGAUGCAGGCACAACCUCUCAGCACUGGGAAACAACUACACUAAAUGCACUCAAAACAACGUACGGUUCUGAAACAACUACACCUUAUGAGGGCACAACAACUAAGAGCAUAGAAACAACUACACCAUUUGCAGGUACAAUAACAAAUAUCUUGGAUACAACUACUUCAGAUGUAGGCACAACAACCGAUAACUUAAAAACAACUGCAGCUGCAGGUUCAACAAGUGUGGUUUUGAAAACAACAACUCAGGUUAAAGGCACCACAAGUGAAAUCUUGGAGUCAACUACUUUAGAUAAAGAAGGCUUAGAAACAACUUUACCAGAUGCAGGCACAACAACUCAGCCUUGGCAAUUCACUACUCUAGAUGUAGAAACAACCACUGAAGGCCAAGAAACAAACACACCUGUUGCAGGCACAACAACAGAAGGAUUGGAAACAACCACACAAAAGGAAAGCACAACCACAGAGAGCUUGGAAACAAUUAGCCCCAACGCAAAUACAACAACAGAUCAUCCUGAAACCGUUGCCACAGCUGCAGGGUCAACAACUGGGGUUUCGGAAACAACUACUCAGCUCAAAGGCACCACAAGUGAAAGCUUGGAAUUAACUACUUCAGAUGAGGGCAGAACAACUGAAGGGUUAGAAACAACUUCACCUGAUGCAGGCACAACAACUAACAGCUUAGAGACAACUACACCAGAUGAAGGCACAACAACAAAGGGCUUGGAAACAACUACAAUUAAGAAAUUAGAGACAACUACACCAAAUGAGGGCACAACCACUCAGCACUGGGAAACAACUACACUAAAUGCACUCAAAACAAUGGAGACCUCUGAAACAACUACACCGUAUGAGGGCACAACAACUAAGAGCAUAGUAACAACUACAACAUUUGCAGGUACAACAACAAAUAACUUGGAUACAACUACUCCAGAUGUAGGCACAACAACCAAAAACUUGAAAACAACAACAGCAACUGAGGGCACAUCAACAGAAAGCUUGAAAACAACUACUUUAUAUGCAGGCACAACAAAUGGGGCCUUGGAAAGUACUACUCCAUAUGCAACAACUAAAAACUUAGAAACAUCCACACAAAAUGUAGGCACAACCACAGAGACCUUGGAAACAACCACACAAAGGGAAAGCAUAACCACCGAGAGCUUGGAAACAAUUACCCCCAACGUAGAUAUAACAACAGAUCAUUCUGAAACCAUUGCUACAGCUGCAGGAAAAACAACUGGGGUUUCAGAAACAACUACUCAGCUUAAAGGAACCACAAGUGAAAGCUCGGAAUCAACUACUUCAGAUAAAAGCACAACAACUGAAGGCUUGGAAACAAAUUCACGUGAUGCAGGCACAACAACUGAGAGCUUAGAGACAACUACACCAGAUAAAGGCACGACAACUGAGAGCUUAGAGAUAACUACACCAGAUGAAGGCACAACCACUCAGCCCUGCGGUUUCACUACACUAGAUGUAGGGACAACAACAGAAGGCGUAGAACCAAGCCCACCAGAUGAAGGCACAACACCCGAGGGCUUGGAAACAACUACAAUUAAGGACAUAGAGACAACUACACCAGAUGAAGGCACAACCACUCAGCCCUGGGAAAACACUACAUUAGAUGCAGGCACAACAACAGAAGGCUUGGAAACAACAGAAAGUUCUGAAACAACUACACCUUAUGAGGGCAUAACAACUAAGAGCAUAGUAACAACUACAACAUUUGCAGGUACAACAACAAAUAACUUGGAUACAACUAUACCAGAUGCAAGCACAACCAAAAACUUGAAACCAACUACAGCAAAUGAGGGCACAUCAACAGUAAGCCUAAAAACAACUACUUUAUAUGCAGGCACAACAAAUGGGGCCUUGGAAAGUACUACUCCAGAUGCAACAACUAAAACAACAGAGGGAUUGGAAACAACUACAACUAAAAACUUAGAAACAUCUACACAAAAUGUAGGCACAACAACAGAAAGCCUGGAAACAUCCACACAAAUAAAAAGCACAACCACAGAGACAUUGGAAACAAUUACCCCCAAAGUAAAUAUAACAACAGAUCAUCCUGAAACUAUUGCCACAGCUCCAGGGUCAACAACUGAGGUUUCAGAAACAACUACUCAGCUCAAAGGCACCACAAGUGAAAGCUUGGUAUCAACUACUUUAGAUGAAGGAACAACAACUGAAGGUUUAGAAACAACUUUACCUGAUGCAGGCACAACAACUGAGAGCUUAGACACAACCACACUAGAUGUAGGGACAACAACAGAGGGCUCAGAACCAAGCACUCCAGAUGCAGACAGAACUACUAAUGGUUUGGAAACAACUACACCAGAUGCAAGCACAACCUCUCAGUACUGGGAAAAAACUACACUAAAUGCAUUCAAAACAACGGAGAGUUCUGAAACAACUACACCUCAUGAGGGCACAACAACUAAGAGCAUAGUAACAACUACAACAUUUGCAGGUACAACAACAAUUAACUUGGAUACAACUAUUCCAGAUGCAGACACAACAACCGAAAACUUGAAAAUAACUACAGCAAAUGAGGGCACAUCAACAGAAAGCUUGAAAACAACUACAUUUUAUGCAGGCACAACAAAUGGGGCCUUGGAAAGCACUACUCCAGAUGCAACAACUAAAAACUUAGAAACAUCCACACAAAAUGUAGGCACAACAACAGAAGGAUUGGAAACAACCACACAAAGGGGAAGCACAACCACAGUCAACUUGGAAACAAUUACCUCUAAAGUAGAUACAACAACAGAUCAUGCUGAAACUAUUGCCACAGCUGCAGGGUCAACAACUGGGGUUUCGGACACAACUACUCAGCUCAAAGAAACCACAAGUCAUAACUUAGAAUCUGCUACUUCAGAUAAAAGCACAACAACUGAAGGCUUGGAAACAACUUCACCUGAUGCAGGCACAACAACUGAGAGCUUAGAGAAAACUACACCAGAUGCAGGCACAACCUCUCAGCACUGGGAAACAACUACACUAAAUGCACUCAAAACAACGGACAGUUAUGAAACAACUACACCUUAUGAGGGCACAACAACUAAGAGCAUAGAAACAACAACACCAUUUGCAGGUACAAUAACAAAUAUCUUGGAUACAACUACUCCAGAUGUAGGCACAACAACCGAUAACUUAAAAACAACUUCAGCUGUAGGUUCAACAAGUGUGGUUUUGAAAACAACAACUCAGGUUAAAGGCACCACAAGUGAAAUCUUGGAGUCAACUACUUUAGAUAAAGAAGGCUUAGAAACAACUUUACCAGAUGCAGGCACAACCACUCAGCCUUGGCAAUUUACUACUCUAGAUUUAGACACAAAAACUGAAGGCUUAGAAACAACUUCACUUGAUGCAGGAACUACAACAAAGAGCUCAAAGACAACUACACCAGAUGAAGGCACAACCACUCAGCCCUGGGAAUUCACUACACAAGAUGUAGGGACAACAACAGAAGGUUCAGAAUCAAGCACACCAGAUGCUGUCACAAUGCCAGAGGGCUUGGAAACAACUCCAACUGAGAGCUUAGAGACAACUACACCAGAUUCAGGCACAACAACAAAAGGCUUGGAAACAACUACAACUGAGAGCUUAGAGACAACUACACCAGAUGAAGGCACAACCACUCAGCCCUGGAAAUUCACUACUCUAAAUGUAGGAACAACAAUAGAAGGCAUAGAACCAAGCACACCAGAUGCAGGCACAAUAACCAAGGGCUUGGAAACAACUACAAUUAAGAACUUAGAGACAACUACAGCAGAUGAAGGCACAACCACUCAGCCCUGGGAAUUAACUACAUUAGAUGCAGGCACAACAACAGAAGCCAUGGAAGCAACUACAAUUAAAAACUUAGAGACAACUAUACCAGAUGAAGGCAAAACCACUCAGCCCUGGAAAUUCACUACACUAGAUGUAGGAACAACAACAGAAGGCAUAGAACCAAGCACACCAGAUGCAGGCACAACAACUGAGGUCUUGGAAACAACUACACCUAAGAACCUAGAGACAACUACACCAGAUCCAGGCACAACCACUCAGCACUGGGAAACAACUACACUAAAUGCACUUAAAACAACUAAGAGUUCUGAAACAACUACAACAAAUAACUUGGAUACAACUAUUCCAGAUACAGACACAACAACCGAAAACUUGAAAACAACUACAGCAAAUGAGGGCACAUCAACAGAAAGCUUAAAAACAACUACUUUAUAUGCAGGCACAACAAAUGGGGCCUUGGAAAGUACUACUCCAUAUGCAACAACUAAAAACUUAGAAACAUCCACAAAAAAUUUAGGCACAACCACAGAGACCUUGGAAAAAACCACACAAAGGGAAAGCAUAACCACCGAGAGCUUGGAAACAAUUACCCCCAACGUAGAUAUAACAACAGAUCAUCCUGAAACCAUUGCCACAGCUGCAGGGUCAACAACUGGGGUUUCGGACACAACUACUCAGCUCAAAGGCACCACAAGCGAAAGCUUAGAAUCAACUACUUUAGAUGAAGGCACAACAACUGAAGGCUUAGAAACAACUUCACCUGAUGCAGGCACAACAACUGAGAGCUUAGACACAACUACACUAGAUGUAGGGACAACAACAGAAGGUUUAGAACCAAGCACUCCACAUGCAGACAGAACUACUAAUGGUUUGGAAACAACUACACCAGAUGCAGGCACAACCUCUCAGCACUGGGAAACAACUACACUAAAUGCACUCAAAACAACGGACAGUUAUGAAACAACUACAUCUUAUGAGGGCACAACAACUAAGAGCAUAGAAACAACUACACCAUUUGCAGGUACAACAACAAAUAUCUUGGAUACAACUACUCCUGAUUUAGGCACAACAACCGAAAGCUUGAAAAUAACUACAGCAACUGAGGGCACAUCAACAGAAAGCUUGAAAACAACUACUUUAUAUGCAGGCACAACAAAUGGGGCCUUGGAAAGUACUACUCCAUAUGCAACAACUAAAAACUUAGAAACAUCCACACAAAAUGUAGGCACAACCACAGAGACCUUGGAAACAACCACACAAAGGGAAAGCAUAACCACCGAGAGCUUGGAAACAAUUACCCCCAACGUAGAUAUAACAACAGAUCAUUCUGAAACCAUUGCUACAGCUGCAGGAAAAACAACUGGGGUUUCAGAAACAACUACUCAGCUUAAAGGAACCACAAGUGAAAGCUCGGAAUCAACUACUUCAGAUAAAAGCACAACAACUGAAGGCUUGGAAACAAAUUCACGUGAUGCAGGCACAACAACUGAGAGCUUAGAGACAACUACACCAGAUAAAGGCACGACAACUGAGAGCUUAGAGAUAACUACACCAGAUGAAGGCACAACCACUCAGCCCUGCGGUUUCACUACACUAGAUGUAGGGACAACAACAGAAGGCGUAGAACCAAGCCCACCAGAUGAAGGCACAACACCCGAGGGCUUGGAAACAACUACAAUUAAGGACAUAGAGACAACUACACCAGAUGAAGGCACAACCACUCAGCCCUGGGAAAACACUACAUUAGAUGCAGGCACAACAACAGAAGGCUUGGAAACAACAGAAAGUUCUGAAACAACUACACCUUAUGAGGGCAUAACAACUAAGAGCAUAGUAACAACUACAACAUUUGCAGGUACAACAACAAAUAACUUGGAUACAACUAUACCAGAUGCAAGCACAACCAAAAACUUGAAACCAACUACAGCAAAUGAGGGCACAUCAACAGUAAGCCUAAAAACAACUACUUUAUAUGCAGGCACAACAAAUGGGGCCUUGGAAAGUACUACUCCAGAUGCAACAACUAAAACAACAGAGGGAUUGGAAACAACUACAACUAAAAACUUAGAAACAUCUACACAAAAUGUAGGCACAACAACAGAAAGCCUGGAAACAUCCACACAAAUAAAAAGCACAACCACAGAGACAUUGGAAACAAUUACCCCCAAAGUAAAUAUAACAACAGAUCAUCCUGAAACUAUUGCCACAGCUCCAGGGUCAACAACUGAGGUUUCAGAAACAACUACUCAGCUCAAAGGCACCACAAGUGAAAGCUUGGUAUCAACUACUUUAGAUGAAGGAACAACAACUGAAGGUUUAGAAACAACUUUACCUGAUGCAGGCACAACAACUGAGAGCUUAGACACAACCACACUAGAUGUAGGGACAACAACAGAGGGCUCAGAACCAAGCACUCCAGAUGCAGACAGAACUACUAAUGGUUUGGAAACAACUACACCAGAUGCAAGCACAACCUCUCAGUACUGGGAAAAAACUACACUAAAUGCAUUCAAAACAACGGAGAGUUCUGAAACAACUACACCUCAUGAGGGCACAACAACUAAGAGCAUAGUAACAACUACAACAUUUGCAGGUACAACAACAAUUAACUUGGAUACAACUAUUCCAGAUGCAGACACAACAACCGAAAACUUGAAAAUAACUACAGCAAAUGAGGGCACAUCAACAGAAAGCUUGAAAACAACUACAUUUUAUGCAGGCACAACAAAUGGGGCCUUGGAAAGCACUACUCCAGAUGCAACAACUAAAAACUUAGAAACAUCCACACAAAAUGUAGGCACAACAACAGAAGGAUUGGAAACAACCACACAAAGGGGAAGCACAACCACAGUCAACUUGGAAACAAUUACCUCUAAAGUAGAUACAACAACAGAUCAUGCUGAAACUAUUGCCACAGCUGCAGGGUCAACAACUGGGGUUUCGGACACAACUACUCAGCUCAAAGAAACCACAAGUCAUAACUUAGAAUCUGCUACUUCAGAUAAAAGCACAACAACUGAAGGCUUGGAAACAACUUCACCUGAUGCAGGCACAACAACUGAGAGCUUAGAGAAAACUACACCAGAUGCAGGCACAACCUCUCAGCACUGGGAAACAACUACACUAAAUGCACUCAAAACAACGGACAGUUAUGAAACAACUACACCUUAUGAGGGCACAACAACUAAGAGCAUAGAAACAACAACACCAUUUGCAGGUACAAUAACAAAUAUCUUGGAUACAACUACUCCAGAUGUAGGCACAACAACCGAUAACUUAAAAACAACUUCAGCUGUAGGUUCAACAAGUGUGGUUUUGAAAACAACAACUCAGGUUAAAGGCACCACAAGUGAAAUCUUGGAGUCAACUACUUUAGAUAAAGAAGGCUUAGAAACAACUUUACCAGAUGCAGGCACAACCACUCAGCCUUGGCAAUUUACUACUCUAGAUUUAGACACAAAAACUGAAGGCUUAGAAACAACUUCACUUGAUGCAGGAACUACAACAAAGAGCUCAAAGACAACUACACCAGAUGAAGGCACAACCACUCAGCCCUGGGAAUUCACUACACAAGAUGUAGGGACAACAACAGAAGGUUCAGAAUCAAGCACACCAGAUGCUGUCACAAUGCCAGAGGGCUUGGAAACAACUCCAACUGAGAGCUUAGAGACAACUACACCAGAUUCAGGCACAACAACAAAAGGCUUGGAAACAACUACAACUGAGAGCUUAGAGACAACUACACCAGAUGAAGGCACAACCACUCAGCCCUGGAAAUUCACUACUCUAAAUGUAGGAACAACAAUAGAAGGCAUAGAACCAAGCACACCAGAUGCAGGCACAAUAACCAAGGGCUUGGAAACAACUACAAUUAAGAACUUAGAGACAACUACAGCAGAUGAAGGCACAACCACUCAGCCCUGGGAAUUAACUACAUUAGAUGCAGGCACAACAACAGAAGCCAUGGAAGCAACUACAAUUAAAAACUUAGAGACAACUAUACCAGAUGAAGGCAAAACCACUCAGCCCUGGAAAUUCACUACACUAGAUGUAGGAACAACAACAGAAGGCAUAGAACCAAGCACACCAGAUGCAGGCACAACAACUGAGGUCUUGGAAACAACUACACCUAAGAACCUAGAGACAACUACACCAGAUCCAGGCACAACCACUCAGCACUGGGAAACAACUACACUAAAUGCACUUAAAACAACUAAGAGUUCUGAAACAACUACAACAAAUAACUUGGAUACAACUAUUCCAGAUACAGACACAACAACCGAAAACUUGAAAACAACUACAGCAAAUGAGGGCACAUCAACAGAAAGCUUAAAAACAACAACUUUAUAUGCAGGCACAACAAAUGGGGCCUUGGAAAGUACUACUCCAUAUGCAACAACUAAAAACUUAGAAACAUCCACAAAAAAUUUAGGCACAACCACAGAGACCUUGGAAAAAACCACACAAAGGGAAAGCAUAACCACCGAGAGCUUGGAAACAAUUACCCCCAACGUAGAUAUAACAACAGAUCAUCCUGAAACCAUUGCCACAGCUGCAGGGUCAACAACUGGGGUUUCGGACACAACUACUCAGCUCAAAGGCACCACAAGCGAAAGCUUAGAAUCAACUACUUUAGAUGAAGGCACAACAACUGAAGGCUUAGAAACAACUUCACCUGAUGCAGGCACAACAACUGAGAGCUUAGACACAACUACACUAGAUGUAGGGACAACAACAGAAGGUUUAGAACCAAGCACUCCACAUGCAGACAGAACUACUAAUGGUUUGGAAACAACUACACCAGAUGCAGGCACAACCUCUCAGCACUGGGAAACAACUACACUAAAUGCACUCAAAACAACGGACAGUUAUGAAACAACUACAUCUUAUGAGGGCACAACAACUAAGAGCAUAGAAACAACUACACCAUUUGCAGGCACAACAACCGAAAGCUUGAAAAUAACUACAGCAACUGAGGGCACAUCAACAGAGAGCUUUAAAACAACUACUUUAUAUGCAGGCACAACAAAUGGGGCCUUGGAAAGUACUACUCCAUAUGCAACAACUAAAAACUUAGAAACAUCCACAAAAAAUUUUGGCACAACCACAGAGACCUUGGAAACAACCACACAAAGGGAAAGCAUAACCACCGAGAGCUUGGAAACAAUUACCCCCAACGUAGAUAUAACAACAGAUCAUCCUGAAACCAUUGCCACAGCUGCAGGGUCAACAACUGGGGUUUCGGACACAACUACUCAGCUCAAAGGCACCACAAGCGAAAGCUUAGAAUCAACUACUUUAGAUGAAGGCACAACAACUGAAGGCUUAGAAACAACUUCACCUGAUGCAGGCACAACAACUGAGAGCUUAGACACAACUACACUAGAUGUAGGGACAACAACAGAAGGUUUAGAACCAAGCACUCCACAUGCAGACAGAACUACUAAUGGUUUGGAAACAACUACACCAGAUGCAGGCACAACCUCUCAGCACUGGGAAACAACUACACUAAAUGCACUCAAAACAACGGACAGUUCUGAAACAACUACAUCUUAUGAGGGCACAACAACUAAGAGCAUAGAAACAACUACACCAUUUGCAGGUACAAUAACAAAUAUCUUGGAUACAACUACUCCUGAUUUAGGCACAACAACCGAAAGCUUGAAAAUAACUACAGCAACUGAGGGCACAUCAACAGAAAGCUUUAAAACAACUACUUUAUAUGCAGGCACAACAAAUGGGGCCUUGGAAAGUACUACUCCAGAUACAACAACUAAAAAUUUAGAAACAUCCACACAAAAUGGAGGCACAACCACAGAGAGCUUGGAAACAAUUACCCCCAAAAUAGAUACAACAACAGAUCAUCCCGAAACUAUUGCCACAGCUGCAGGGUUAACAACUGGGGUUUCUGACACAACUACUCAGCUCAAAGGCACCACAAGUGAAAGCUUGGAAUUAACUACUUCAGAUGAGGGCACAACAACUGAAGGCUUAGAAACAACUUCCCCUGAUGCAGGCACAACAACUGAGAGCUUAGAGACAACUACACCAGAUGAAGGCACAACCACUCAGCCUUGGGAAUUUACUACACUAGAUGUAAAGACAACAACAGAAGGCAAGAAACCAAGCACACCAGAUGCAGGCACAACAACAGAGGGAUUGGAAACAACUACAAUUAAGAAGUUAGAGACAACUACACCAGAUGAAGGCACAACCACUCAGCACUGGGAAACAACUACACUAAAUGCACUAAAAACAAUGGAGAGUUCUGAAACAUUUACACCUCAUGAAGGCACAACAACUAAGAGCAUAGUAAUUACUACAACAUUUGCAGGUACAACAACAAAUAACUUGAAUACAACUAUUCCAGAUGCAGACACAACAACCGAAAACUUGAAAACAACCACAGCAAAUGAAGGCACAUCAACAGAAAGCUUGAAAACAACUACUUUUUAUGCAGGCACAACAAAUGGGGCCUUGGAAAGCACUACUCCAGAUGCAACAACUAAAAACUUAGAAACAUCCACACAAAAUGUAGGCACAACAACAGAAGGAUUGGAAACAACCACACAAAGGGGAAGCACAACCACAGAGAGCUUGGAAACAAUUACCUCUAAAGUAGAUACAACAACAGAUCAUGCUGAAACUAUUGCCACAGCUGCAGGGUCAACAACUGCGGUUUCGGACACAACUACUCAGCUCAAAGAAACCACAAGUAAUAACUUAGAAUCUGCUACUUCAGAUAAAAGCACAACAACUGAAGGCUUGGAAACAACUUCACCUGAUGCAGGCACAACAACUGAGAGCUUAGAGAAAACUACACCAGAUGAAGGCACAGCAACUGAGAGCUUAGACACAACUACACUAGAUGUAGGGACAACAACAGAAGGUUUAGAACCAAGCACUCCACAUGCAGACAGAACUACUAAUGGUUUGGAAACAACUACACCAGAUGCAGGCACAACCUCUCAGCACUGGGAAACAACUACACUAAAUGCACUCAAAACAACGUACGGUUCUGAAACAACUACACCUUAUGAGGGCACAACAACUAAGAGCAUAGAAACAACUACACCAUUUGCAGGUACAAUAACAAAUAUCUUGGAUACAACUACUCCAGAUGUAGGCACAACAACCGAUAACUUAAAAACAACUGCAGCUGCAGGUUCAACAAGUGUGGUUUUGAAAACAACAACUCAGGUUAAAGGCACCACAAGUGAAAUCUUGGAGUCAACUACUUUAGAUAAAGAAGGCUUAGAAACAACUUUACCAGAUGCAGGCACAACAACUCAGCCUUGGCAAUUCACUACUCUAGAUGUAGAAACAACCACUGAAGGCCAAGAAACAAACACACCUGUUGCAGGCACAACAACAGAAGGAUUGGAAACAACCACACAAAAGGAAAGCACAACCACAGAGAGCUUGGAAACAAUUAGCCCCAACGCAGAUACAACAACAGAUCAUCCUGAAACCGUUGCCACAGCUGCAGGGUCAACAACUGGGGUUUCGGAAACAACUACUCAGCUCAAAGGCACCACAAGUGAAAGCUUGGAAUUAACUACUUCAGAUGAGGGCACAACAACUGAAGGGUUAGAAACAACUUCACCUGAUGCAGGCACAACAACUAACAGCUUAGAGACAACUACACCAGAUGAAGGCACAACAACCAAGGGCUUGGAAACAACUACAAUUAAGAAAUUAGAGACAACUACACCAAAUGAGGGCACAACCACUCAGCACUGGGAAACAACUACACUAAAUGCACUCAAAACAAUGGAGACCUCUGAAACAACUACACCGUAUGAGGGCACAACAACUAAGAGCAUAGUAACAACUACAACAUUUGCAGGUACAACAACAAAUAACUUGGAUACAACUACUCCAGAUGUAGGCACAACAACCAAAAACUUGAAAACAACAACAGCAACUGAGGGCACAUCAACAGAAAGCUUGAAAACAACUACUUUAUAUGCAGGCACAACAAAUGGGGCCUUGGAAAGUAAUACUCCAUAUGCAACAACUAAAAACUUAGAAACAUCCACACAAAAUGUAGGCACAACCACAGAGACCUUGGAAACAACCACACAAAGGGAAAGCAUAACCACCGAGAGCUUGGAAACAAUUACCCCCAACGUAGAUAUAACAACAGAUCAUUCUGAAACCAUUGCCACAGCUGCAGGAAAAACAACUGAGGUUUCAGAAACAACUACUCAGCUCAAAGGAACCACAAGUGAAAGCUCGGAAUCAACUACUUCAGAUAAAAGCACAACAACUGAAGGCUUGGAAACAAAUUCACGUGAUGCAGGCACAACAACUGAGAGCUUAGAGACAACUACACCAGAUAAAGGCACGACAACUGAGAGCUUAGAGACAACUACACCAGAUGAAAGCACAACCACUCAGCCCUGGGGUUUCACUACACUAGAUGUAGGGACAACAACAGAAGGCGUAGAACCAAGCCCACCAGAUGAAGGCACAACACCCGAGGGCUUGGAAACAACUACAAUUAAGGACAUAGAGACAACUACACCAGAUGAAGGCACAACCACUCAGCCCUGGGAAAACACUACAUUAGAUGUAGGGACAACAACAGAAGGCUUAGAACCAAGCACACCAGAUGCAGGCACAACAACAGAAGGCUUGGAAACAACAGAAAGUUCUGAAACAACUACACCUUAUGAGGGCAUAACAACUAAGAGCAUAGUAACAACUACAACAUUUGCAGGUACAACAACAAAUAACUUGGAUACAACUAUACCAGAUGCAAGCACAACCAAAAACUUGAAACCAACUACAGCAAAUGAGGGCACAUCAACAGUAAGCCUAAAAACAACUACUUUAUAUGCAGGCACAACAAAUGGGGCCUUGGAAAGUACUACUCCAGAUGCAACAACUAAAACAACAGAGGGAUUGGAAACAACUACAACUAAAAACUUAGAAACAUCUACACAAAAUGUAGGCACAACAACAGAAAGCCUGGAAACAUCCACACAAAUAAAAAGCACAACCACAGAGACAUUGGAAACAAUUACCCCCAAAGUAAAUAUAACAACAGAUCAUCCUGAAACUAUUGCCACAGCUCCAGGGUCAACAACUGAGGUUUCAGAAACAACUACUCAGCUCAAAGGCACCACAAGUGAAAGCUUGGUAUCAACUACUUUAGAUGAAGGAACAACAACUGAAGGUUUAGAAACAACUUCCCCUGAUGCAGGCACAACAACUGAGAGCUUAGACACAACCACACUAGAUGUUGGGACAACAACAGAGGGCUCAGAACCAAGCACUCCAGAUGCAGACAGAACUACUAAUGGUUUGGAAACAACUACACCAGAUGCAGGCACAACCUCUCAGUACUGGGAAAAAACUACACUAAAUGCAUUCAAAACAACGGAGAGUUCUGAAACAACUACACCUCAUGAGGGCACAACAACUAAGAGCAUAGUAACAACUACAACAUUUGCAGGUACAACAACAAUUAACUUGGAUACAACUAUUCCAGAUGCAGACACAACAACCGAAAACUUGAAAAUAACUACAGCAAAUGAGGGCACAUCAACAGAAAGCUUGAAAACAACUACAUUUUAUGCAGGCACAACAAAUGGGGCCUUGGAAAGCACUACUCCAGAUGCAACAACUAAAAACUUAGAAACAUCCACACAAAAUGUAGGCACAACAACAGAAGGAUUGGAAACAACCACACAAAGGGGAAGCACAACCACAGUCAACUUGGAAACAAUUACCUCUAAAGUAGAUACAACAACAGAUCAUGCUGAAACUAUUGCCACAGCUGCAGGGUCAACAACUGGAGUUUCGGACACAACUACUCAGCUCAAAGAAACCACAAGUCAUAACUUAGAAUCUGCUACUUCAGAUAAAAGCACAACAACUGAAGGCUUGGAAACAACUUCACCUGAUGCAGGCACAACAACUGAGAGCUUAGAGAAAACUACACCAGAUGAAGGCACAGCAACUGAGAGCUUAGACACAACUACACUAGAUGUAGGGACAACAACAGAAGGUUUAGAACCAAGCACUCCACAUGCAGACAGAACUACUAAUGGUUUGGAAACAACUACACCAGAUGCAGGCACAACCUCUCAGCACUGGGAAACAACUACACUAAAUGCACUCAAAACAACGGACAGUUCUGAAACAACUACACCUUAUGAGGGCACAACAACUAAGAGCAUAGAAACAACAACACCAUUUGCAGGUACAAUAACAAAUAUCUUGGAUACAACUACUCCAGAUGUAGGCACAACAACCGAUAACUUAAAAACAACUUCAGCUGUAGGUUCAACAAGUGUGGUUUUGAAAACAACAACUCAGGUUAAAGGCACCACAAGUGAAAUCUUGGAGUCAACUACUUUAGAUAAAGAAGGCUUAGAAACAACUUUACCAGAUGCAGGCACAACAACUCAGCCUUGGCAAUUCACUACUCUAGAUGUAGAAACAACUACUGAAGGCCAAGAAACAAACACACCUGUUGCAGGCACAACAACAGAAGGAUUGGAAACAACCACACAAAAGGAAAGCACAACCACAGAGAGCUUGGAAACAAUUACCCCCAAAGUAAAUAUAACAACAGAUCAUCCUGAAACCGUUGCCACAGCUGCAGGGUCAACAACUGGGGUUUCAAAAACAACUACUCAGCUCAAAGGCACCACAAGUGAAAGCUUGGAAUUAACUACCUCAGAUGAGGGCACAACAACUGAAGGGUUAGAAACAACUUCACCUGAUGCAGGCACAACAACUAACAGCUUAGAGACAACUACACCAAAUGAAGGCACAACCACUCAGCACUGGGAAACAACUACACUAAAUGCACUCAAAACAAUGGAGACCUCUGAAACAACUACACCUUAUGAGGGCACAACAACUAAGAGCAUAGAAACAACUACACUAUUUGCAGGUACAACAACAAAGAACUUGGAUAGAACUAACCCAGAUGUAGGCACAACAACCGAUAACUUGAAAACAACUGCAGCUGCAGGUUCAACAAAUGUGGUUUUGAAAACAACAACUCAGGUUAAAGGCACCACAAGUGAAAUCUUGGAGUCAACUACUUUAGAUGAAGAAGGCUUAGAAACAACUUUACCAGAUGCAGGCACAACAACUCAGCCUUGGCAAUUCACUACUCUAGAUGUAGAAACAACCACUGAAGGCCAAGAAACAAACACACCUGUUGCAGGCACAACAACAGAGGGCUUGGAAACAACCACAACUGAGAACUUAGAGACAACUUCACCAGAUGCAGGCACAACCACUCAUCAGUGGAAAACAACUACACUAAAUGUAGGCACAAAAACAGUGGGUUUAGAAACAAGCACAUCAGAUGCAUGCACAACAACAGAGAGUGCUGAAACAACUACACUUUAUGAAGGCACAACAACUAAGAGCCUAGAAACAACAAACAAUGUGGAGACAACCACUUCAGGCACAACAACUAGCAUCUUGCAAACAACUACUCCAAAAACAGACACAACAUCUAAAAGAUUAUCCACUCCAGAUGAGGGCAGAACAACAGAAAACUUGGUAACAACUACUUCAAAUGCAGUCACAACAACUUUAGGACUAAACACAACUACAAUUAAUGAGGGUAUAUCAACAGAAAGUUUGAAAACAGCUACUCCGAAUACAGACACAACAACUAAAACUUUAGAAACAUCCUCAUCAGUUUCAGGCAUGACAACAGAAUUUUUUGGAACAACAACUGUAUAUGGAGGCACAACAACAAAGGAAUUGAAAAUAACUACUUUAUAUCUCACAUCAACAGCUAAAAGCUUAGAUACAUCCACACCAGAUGUAGGCAUGAUAACAGAAGGCUUGAAAACUACUUCAAAUGCAGCCACAACAUUAGAGAUCUUCGAAACCACUUCUUCAGAUACAGGCACAACAUCUGACAGCUUAGUAACAACUACUUCUGAUACAAGCAAAACAUCUGAAAGCUUAGAAACAACCACUUCAGAUGCAGACUUAACAACCAAAAGCCUAGAAAUGUACACACCAAAAGCAGACACCACAACAGAAGGCUUGGAAACAACUACUUCUAAUGCAGUUACAAAAACUGAAGGUUUUGAGACAACUACUUCAGAUGCAGGUACAACAAUUGAAAGCUUAAACAUAUCCACACCAGAUGCAGGCACAACAAUGGAAGGCUUGAAAACAACUUCAUUUAGUGAGGGCACAUCAACAGAAGGUUUGGAGAAAAUGACUUCAAAUACAGACACAACAACUAAAAGCUUAGAUACAUCCACACCAGAUGCAGACAUUAUAACAGAACACUUAGAAACAACUACUCCACAUGCAGGCACAACAUCUGGCACCUUAGAAACAACUGCUUCUGAUACAAGCAAGACAUCUGAAAGCCUAGAAACAACCACUUCAGAUGCAGACUCAAUAACUAAAAGCCUGAAAACAUCUACACCAAAUGCAGCUACAGCUACAAAAAGCUUGGAAACAACCACUUCAGAUGCAGGUACAACCGCUGAAGGUUUGCAAACAACUACCUCAGAUGCAAGCACAACAACUGGUAUCUUGGAAUCAACAACUCAAGCUGCAGUUACAACAAUUGAAGGCUUAAAAACAUCCACACCAGAUGCAGGUAGAACAACAGUGGGCUUGAAAACAACUACAAUUAAUGAGGGCACAUCUCCAGAAAGUUUGGAAACAACCACUCCAAAAACAACUGAAAGCUUAGAAGCAUCCUCACCAGUUUCAGGCCUAUCAACAAUUAUUUUUGGAACAACAACUUUAAAUAGAGGCACAACAACAGAGAGAUUGGAAAGAACUACUCCAGAUCCAUCAGCAACAACCAAAAUCUUAGAAACAUCCACACCAGAUGAAGGCAUGAUCACUGAAAAUUUGGAAACGACUUCCUCAAAUGCAGGCACAACAUUAGAGAGCUUGGAGACCCCCUCCACAAAUGCAAACACUACAAUAGUUAACUUCAAAACAACUACCACAGAUGCUGAGGCAACAGCUGUGGUCAUUCAAACAACCAUUUCAGAUGCUGGUACAUUUGGAACAUCUACAAAAAAUACAGGCACAACACUGGAUAGUUUUAAAACAACUACUUCAGAUGUAGGCACAACUACUGAGGGUUGGGAAACAACUACAAGAAUUGCAGGCACGACAACAGAGAGCUUUAAAACAACUGCUCAAGAUGCAGAGACAACAACAUUAGGUGAAGGGCCAACAACUAAUAGCCUAGAAACAACUACACCAGAUACAAGCACAACAAUUAAUGGCUUGGAAACAAUGACAUCAGAUACAGCUACAACAACUAACAGGUUAGAUACAACUGCUCAAGUUGCAGGCACGACCACAGAGGGUUUGGACACAACUACAUUAGAUGCAACUACAACUUUAGAGGACUUGAAAAAAACCUCAACUUCCCCCGCUACCCAUACCACAACAAAUGCUGUUACAAAAUUACCUUCAGUGUGUGAAAAUGGUGGAACUCCAAAUUCAGACUCCAGUAGCUGUUAUUGUACUCCUAAUUUUUCAGGACAAAAAUGUGAAAAUAUCAAAACUGCUAUCACAGCUCCAGGUCUGUUAAUCUUGUAA